AUGAUCAGUGAGACACCUGUUUUUCCUGUAAAAAUUCAGGAUGGCAAUAGGAGGAAAAGGCGUUUGGACCUCUGCUCGCCCACGUCGCCCGAUUUCGUGGAAGCUGCGAAUGAGCUCACUAAGGACGAGUCUAUCCCUCUUUACGUUCGCACUGUAUUGGCAUUCUUAUUGGAAAGUCGACGUGAAAUUGAUUCAAUGUCGAGACAGAUCAAAGAACUGAAAGAUGAAAACACUGUCCUCCGAAAAUCUCUUGAUAGUUUCAAAUUGUCUUCAUCAAGUAAUAUUGCUUCCUCUCAGAAUCCUGCUCCCUCGAACAGUAGUGGUGAUGGGGUCAACCAGUCGUUCGAAGAGAUCGAGCGUAAGAGAUCUGUCAUAAUCGUAGGUGUUCCGGAGAAUCGUGGUCCGAGAAGCUAUGAUAGGGUGUCCCACGACCGUUUAUGUGUUCAUCAGCUCUUCGAUUUUCUUGCUAUUGAUUGUACGCCUGUUUCAAUUUAUAGGAUGGGGCGUCCAAGCCCAACAUACAACAGACUUCUCAAAGUAGUGCUUCCUAAUUCGUUCUUUGCAAGACUUCUUUUGAGGUGUGCGCCUAAGUUGAAGCAUUUUCCGCUUAAAAAAGGCGUUUUUAUACGGCCCUCCCUAUCAAAAGGGGAGCGUGAGCGGAUUCGUGCUGAGCGUGAGGCCGAACACAGCAAAAGGACUGGUAGUAAAGAUGUCAAUGUUAACAGUAGGAAUGUUAUUUCUCCGAAUAACGAUCAUCUGAUGUCAUCUCGAGUUAUGAGCAGUAAUAUCGGCUUUAUGAAUAGUGAGAAUUUCGCGGUGAUUGCUCUCACGGAGACAUGGUUGUCUGACGUCAUCAGUAAUGAGUCUAUUUUUGGAGAAUACUGUAACCAAUAUGAAAUACUUAGAUGUGAUAGGCGCGAUAGGCGCGGUGGAGGAGUUGCCAUAAUCGCGAAGAAGAUGCUCUCGCCCCGUAUAAUAUUCAGUGAGUCGGUUGGUGAAUCAUACGAGCUUUUGUGUGUGGACUUUGACAUGGCAGAUUCAAGGACCAGAGUUGUCCUAGUUUAUAAGGCGCCCUCAUGUACGUCCGCUAUGUUUGAUCAACUUUUGAAAGCGAUUGGGGACUUGGUGGAGAGCAGCAGUUUCUUCCUCUUGCUUGGCGAUUUCAAUCUCCCUGAGAUUAUGUGGCUUGAGGGAUGCAGCCCUAGUGCUCAUGGGUCGCGUGCUUCGCGUUUCCUGGAAAUGUGUCGAAGUCUGAACCUUAGUCAGCUAGUGAAAGGUGGUACCCAUGGCCCCAAUAUUUUGGACUUGCUCUUAACCAACAACUUGGAGUUUGUCAGGAAUGCUCAAAUCCUUGCACCCGUUGGUGGGAGUGAUCACGCGUCUAUCUUUUUUGAGCUCAAUAUCGAGGUUGAUAUUAGAACCAAUACUAUACUCAGAAGAGAUUUUAGGAGCGCGAAUUUUGAAUCUAUUUUGAAUUAUCUCUACAGUGUGGACUGGUACGGGUCUUUUAAUAGUGUUGACACAGUCAAUGAAAAAUACGAGUUAUUUCUAGCAAUUCUUCAUCAUACCAUUGAGUUGUUUGUGCCCCUCAAACCCUGUAAGGCCACUGAUGUUCAGUUGCCUCAGCAUAUUGUCAGAUGGAAUCGCAAAAAGAACUUAGCAUGGUACAAGGCUGUAGCGAGUGGUAGCCCAAAGGACUGGGACGACUAUCGCAAUUUGAGAGUUGCCUUCGAGAAAAGGUUUGUCAACCUUAGGCUAAAGAAAAGUAAAGGUCUUAGUGUUCUAUUUGCUAAUGAUGGCACAGCUAUAAUCAAAGACAAGGACAAAGCUGAGCUGCUGGCCAAUGUAUUCGAUAGUGCUUAUCAGAAAGUGGACGAUUCCUCAGAAUUU